AUGGCCCCUGGCUUCAAGGCACUGGCGCUCGUGGGACUGCCGCUGGCGGUCGCGUUGCAGGCGCAGCCGCCCAGCGAGCAUGUCGAGGCCACCGACACCGCCGCCGGAGCGGCGGCAGAGGAGGUGGCGCAGCAGCUGGUCGGCGGGAGUCGCCGGUCGCAGUCCGACACCUCCAUGUGCGCCAUGCUCCCCGACUUGGAGACGGGUCGCAACUUGCGCAUCGGGUCCGUGCCCAAUGCGACCUUGAGCGCAUGCCCCCUCUGCAUGAUGCACCCGGAGGGCUCGCCGAGUCUGUGGAUCCAGGAGUCCGAGGACGGCGUCGGGACGCGCAUCCACAACAUGAUCCUGGGGAUGGCUGUCGCUGCGAAAAACGGCAUGAACGUUGCUGGCUUCGUCUCGGUCCCAUUCGAGUGCCCGGUCAGGAUUUACCAUGGCUUCCCGUACGGCGUCGACGCGAAGAUGGUUUACGAUUUCUUUUUCGGCCUCAACUCCACCGACCUGUUCGUGAACAGGAGACAGCCCCACGUUGCCAAGUAUCUCGACAUAAGGGCGCUGGAGAAGGACACCAGCGAUACCGUCCCCCUCGGCAGACCCGACCCGCUCGCGCCGGGGUCCCAGAGCAUUCUCGACGCAUCCGACGUUGCCAUGCAGUUUGCUAAGCAGCGCACUGCGAGGCAAGAGAUCCAGCAGUACAUGACCAAGGACUUCGUCAGCACCCUCCGGGCAAUGGGAUCAAACAGGGCCGUCAUGGAGCGCCCGUUGUGGUUCGCCAGCGACGGGCGGCCCACCGUGGCAGUGCACAUCCGGAGAGGUGACGUGAAGGAGAAAGGUAUGAACCAGUUUAGGUGGUCGCCGCAUUCCUGGUACAUGGACAAGAUCCUGAAGAUCAGGCACCUGAUGCCCGACGCCGACGUGCACGUUUUCACCAGCGUAGAUGAGAGCACCGACCAGCGCGAGUUCAACGUCUACAAAAGCGCCGGGUGCCACGUGCAUACCGACGAAGACAAGACUUGGGCGUCACAUGCUGUCUUAGAUGCUUGGGCGCACAUCGCGCGGGCCGACUUCGUGAUUCUGUCUCGGAGUAGCUUCGGUCAUGUCCCAGCGAUGUUGAACACAAACUGCGUCAUCUACCAGGAGUACUGGAACGCGCCGAUGGACGGGUGGAUCUGGGCUGAGAAUUCGGACAAGGGUUCGAGUAACUUGUUCGACAUGGCAGCGUUCAACAGGUGCGUCGGACGCAUCGCGCGGCCGAGCUGGGGCAUCAUGAGGUAG